GAAGCAAAGAUGCAGUGGAGUCUGAUCCUGAUUUCUCUGAUGGGUACGUGGAGAGCAGAAGCUUUAAUUUAGAAGGGUUUAGGGGAAAUCAACACAAAGUUUCAUAAAUAAUAAUGAUUAAAAAAAUGUGUGUUUAUUUCAGGUCAGUUUUGUUUCAUUAAAUGUUACAUGUAUGUAUAUAAAUACAUUGAUUCUAAAAUGACUUGGACUGAAGCUCAGGAAUACUGCAGAGAGAAUCACACUGAUUUGGCUACAGUGACCAACAUGACUGAUGUGAAGAGACUUAACAAAACAGCAAAGCAAAGACCAGCCUGGAUUGGUUUGAAAAACCACACAAACAGCGACAAGACGUGGCACUGGUCUCUACCCGGACUGAGCUUCAAUAAAAAUAAGACGCACUGGAAUAUGGAUGAACCAAAUAAUGAUGGAAAUGAGCUGUGUGUGUUGUUAACAAAAGACUUGACCUGGAUUGAUGAUCCAUGCAACAACAACCAGCGUUUUAUCUGCUACAAUGAUACUAACACAUCUCAGAAAUUCCAUCUCAUUGAGAUGCCUCUAAACUGGACUAACGCUCAGCGAUACUGCAGAGAGAAUCACACAGACCUGAUCAGUGGACUACAGCAGCUGAAUCAAUUAAACCAAACCUGGAAUGACAGUAUGAAGGCGGAACUGGCAAAUGAAACAAAUGUUUUCAUUGGUCUGUUCAGUGAUGCGUGGGCGUGGUCUGAUGAGAGCAGCUUCUCAUUCAGAAACUGGGAUCCACAGAGGGACAGGGAAAAUGAAGAGCUUGGUUGUGCUGCUUUAACAGACCAAGGCACGUGGAGAAAUGAUAAUUGUAGUAAACAAAGAUCUUUCAUUUGUUAUGAAGAUCAUGUGAUCCUGAUUAAUGAGAACAGGACCUGGGAGGAGGCCUUAUACUACUGCAGACAUCACCACCAUGACCUGGUUACCAUCACUAACCUGGAUGAACAGAGAUGGGUUCAGGAGAAAACCAAGAAUGCUACAACUCCUUAUGUGUGGACAGGACUGCGCUACACCUGCACUCUGGGGUUCUGGUUCUGGGUCAGUGACGAGGUGGUCCGCUACAAGAACUGGGCCUCACCUGAACAGGUGAAUGAGUGUGACAUGUCAGGAGCCAUGGAGACAGGAAGAGACCACAAGUGGGUCAAGAUAAAUGAUGAGAAGAAGUUCAACUUUUUCUGUUCAAAGUGAAAAUCUGAUCCCUGACUACAGGCUUUUUGUGCAAAUUUUUAGUUCUGGAUUUUUAUGAUAAAACUUUGUGAUUCGGGUGAUGGGUAACUCGUAAAAAUAAUGUAAGUGUUGAAUUGUCAAAAGUUGUAGUUUGUGCUUAACGUUUCAGUAAUCUGCCUAUAUGUGAUUAAAGGUCACAAUUUACAACAAAAAAGGCAGAAUUUCAAAGUAAGCGGAUGUUUUAGAAACUAAAAAAACGACAAUCUUAUUAAGCUUUGAGAGACAGGUGCUGACAUUAAUCUUUGGGCUGCACUGCUCUCUGCUGGUUGAAAUCUGUUACUGCAAUAUUCAACAAUUUAAAAGACCCCUUUGUCUUUUAAGCUCAAUAUUCUGCUUUUAUCUCUUGGAAUUACAAGAUGAAAAUCAAGAUAAAAUUGUCAAAUGAGAAUUUAUUAUGAUUUAAUAACUUUUGUGUCUCCCUUUUCUACUUUAAAAUAAUGUUUAAAUGUAUCACAAAAAGACAUCCUGAACUACUGUUUUAGCUAGGAUUGUAACAUGUAAUGAA